UCUAUCACAACAUUGUCUUAAAUAUAGCAAGUUCAUUAAUUACGAGUCACGAUUUGUUUCAGUGACGCAUUUGAUAUCGAUCAGUGUUUUUCAAACCAAUUUAUGACGACAAGUGAGAUUGGAAAAAAAAGCAUUCACUGGUACACGAUUAGAGUUUGAUGAUCUGUCUGAUAGUCGUUGGAACAAUUUUAGAGCGGAAAAUCAGAAAAUGAGUUCAAAUAACACAAAGAUGAAAGGGCGGACAACACAGACAAAAACUCCUAAAGAAAAAGAAGUGAAGAAGAUAAGCGUGAAACCACUGAUGCCUCUGCAAAGGCUCAACUCUAACAAAAAUAAUGAUUUGGCAAUAGACAUUUCAGGAAAUUCUCCGAAGGAAAAAUCACAACCACCUGGAUCAAUACAUGAUAUUCUUGAGAAAAUGAAAGUUUCACCGGACUGUCCAGACGCAAAAGCCGGUAAACUAGCGGCGGACAGAUGGAGACAAAGAAGUGCGAAACAGAUUUAUGAUGACUUUUGCUCUGAGACAAGCUUCUCUGCAUUGACAAGAAUACAUAAAGCAUCAAACUGGUGCAAGAGGAUUUUAUGGGUUGCGGCAUGUCUGACGAUGUUGACGUGGCUUAUAAUACAGUGUGUAUGGCUGUUUCAGAAAUACUUAAGUUACCCUGUUGAAGUGAAGAUAGAGGUGGAAGCGGUCCCGAACCUUAUGUUUCCAAGCGUUACUAUUUGUAAUCUGAACCCCUUAAAGAGAAGUAGAAUGCAUAGAGGACCGUUCGAAAAUAUUUCAGACUAUUUCGAACUGGACGACAGAGACAUUCUCUAUGAUGAUUUCAUUAGUGAUCAGAUGAGGGAAUGGGAAGAAGAGAAUGAGACGUACCAUGAUGACGAAGACUACAUGAAAAAUUAUAUGAAAGCCAACUCUUUCAAUAAAUGGGACGCCUUAGAAAAUGACACGGACAUCGCAAGAGAAUUCUAUUCUGAAAUCGACGACUCUCAUAUGGCUUCGUUUGCAUAUUCGUCAGCAGCUUCUACGAUGAGCACAGAUGAAUUCCAAUGGUAUGGGCACCAGAAGCGAGAUUUGAUAUUGUCUUGUACGUGGCAAGGAAUGUCAUGUUCCCCUGCGAACUUUACAUACCACCGAAGUCAGAUGUAUGGGAACUGCUACACGAUCAACACGUUUAACAAUGGAAACGCCGCUCUCUCGACGAACUACGCCGGGCCGUUAAUGGGUCUUGUGUUAGAGCUAAAUAUUGAACAGGACGAGUAUAUUGCUGCCCUGAGUCCUGAUGCUGGUGUUAGAAUUACAAUCCAUCCUCGAGGGACAUACCCCUUUCCCGAAGAUGAUGGUAUUUCUGUUCCCCCGGGAUUCAAAACUUCUAUCGGCAUAGCAAAGACUGAGCUGACCCGUCUACCACCACCCCAUGGCGAUUGUGGAAGUAGCGGACUUGAUGUAACCAAUUUAUAUGUAAGAGACUUUGGAACGUCGUACUCCAAACAGACAUGCCUGAAGUCCUGUGUCCAGCAGCAGCUGCUUGACAUCUGUGGCUGUGUUACAUCUUAUUUCUAUGUGCCUGAAAAUGUUUCCGUAUGUUCAGCCUAUGGAAGUGGAAAUGAUUCGACAUGUACGGAUGACACAAUAUGUAAACAACUGGAUGAGUGUAAUCGAAGAUGCCCUACACCAUGCACAGAAACCAAAUAUGAAUUUACAUCAUCGAUGUCAAAAUGGCCAUCAGAACAAUACGAGGACCACCUUGAUGCAAAAAUAAGCAAAUCUAUGAGCACGUUCAUGGAUGAAGAUGAUAGAGCUGACAGUGAGGACACGUUGGCCAAAGUGGAAAUAUAUUUUCGAGAACUCGUGUAUGAGAAGAUAGAGCAGCAGAAAGCAUACGAAUCGCAGAACUUGAUAUCUGAUAUUGGCGGUCAGCUUGGACUCUGGCUUGGUCUGUCUGCAAUUACAGUGGGUGAACUCCUUGAAUUCUUUGGAUCACUCGGGAAGCUGAUUUUUGCGAGCGUGUUUAAGAAGAAAACUCACCCAGAUGAAGCUGGAUUAAACACACCUUCUCCAAAUUUAGCAUAGGAGGAACAUGUACACAGCGUCAUUGAAGUCUUACCAGUACACAUAUGUUCUGAAUUACAUCGGAUGUUUUAUUAAGGAUAAUAAACAACAAAUUUGUCAAUGCAAGAUAAAAAGGGAAAACUUUUAUUGCAGAACUUCAUUGGUAUAUAUUUUAACAAUAAAUGUUCACGGUAUUUUUGGAGCAUCUGUUUGUGUUUGGAUCUUCUAUUGAUGCGGUGUAUGCAUAACGCAUUUGCGUAAUAUAUGUACAUAUUACAACUAGUAUAAACUAAGUGUUUACAAAUUAUUUCAGCUACUUGAAGAUAUUGUAAAAUGUACUUAUUACUAUCAUAGCUUAAGCGACUCACAUGUACACAUAUAUAUAGCAUACGGCGCGGAUUCUGAUUCGACUGAAAUAGUGAAUCAUUAUUGUGGAAUAAGAUUGCAAAAGAAAA